AUGCAGGAAACGCGGCUCUCUGCCGAAGCCGGCUCGGAGCAAGCUGACUGUGCAGCGUUGGGCAUCGACUCCUUCUGGGAUGCGACUCCCGUCCCGACUCUUGUUGUGUCUCGGUGCUACCGCGUUAAAAGUGCCUCUCGGAGCAUCGAAACCAGUUGGAACCGCAGUACCAAGGACCUCAUCGGCAGGGACAUUUUCGAUGUUCUAUAUGGGGGCUCGGUACUGGAGAGGUUCGACCGCAUACCUCUUGCCAGCGCCAUCGAGAAUGCCAUCGCCAGCCGGGCCCUGAGGUUGUGCCCAAACGCAUACAAAGAGGGCGAAACAUCCUGGUCAGCACGCAUCAUCCCCCUAUUCAAGAAUGAGGAGCUGCAGUUGCUGGUCAUGGAGUUUGACCAAGAGGAGACCCUGUUCAGCAAAGAUGCCAGCCACGACGGAUCCGCGACGGACCGGCUGAAUGACGAAAUGUUCCGGCUCCUCGUGCACGCCGUCAAGGACUACGCCAUUUUCCUCCUCGACACGCGCGGCUACGUGGCGACGUGGAACACGGGGGCCGAGCUGCUCAAGGGCUACAAGAGGGAGGACAUCAUCGGGCGGCACUUUUCCAGCUUCUACGGCGACGAGGACCUGCGCGCCGGCAAGCCCGAGCACGAGCUGAUGACGUGCCUGCGCCAGGGACGGGUGGAAGACGAAGGCUGGCGGUACCGCCAGGACGGCAGCAAGUUCUGGGCCAACGUGGUCAUCACGGCCGUCUACCGCCACGGCGUGCACAUUGGCUUCGGCAAGGUGACGCGGGACCUGACGGAGCGCAGGGAGAACGAGCUGCGGCUGAUUGCCGCCUACGAGGAGAGCUCGCGGCUCAAGAACGACUUCCUCGCCAACGUGAGCCACGAGAUACGCACGCCCAUGCACGGCCUGCUCUCGGCGUGCGCGCUGCUCCUCGACACGACCCUGUCCGAGGACCAGCGCGAGACGGCCAACAUGAUUGCCGAGUCGGGCCAGGUGCUGCUCGGCGUCAUCAACAGCAUCCUCGACUACUCGAAGCUGGCGUCGGGCACCUUUUCCAUCACGCCCGAGGUGUUUGGCGUCGGGGGCCUGGUCGCGUCGGUGGUGAGGACGGCCCAGACGACGCUGAUGCCCGGCGUGGACAUGAAGCUGCGACUGGCGCCCGACUUGCCGAGGCUGGCGCGCGGAGAUCAGCUGCGGUUCCGGCAAAUCGUGCAGAACAUCAUCGACAACGCGGCCAAGUUCACAGACGCGGGGUGUAUAUCCGUCUCGUGCUCCGUGAGGGAGGAGACCGAGACGGCGUACUCGAUCCUCACCGAGGUCACGGACACGGGGAUCGGCGUCAAGAACAGCGCCAUCAAGGACCUGUUCCAGCCGUUUAUGCAGUCCGAGGGCUCCAUCAACAAGCGCUUCCAGGGGACGGGUCUCGGCCUAUCCAUAGCCAAGUCGCUGGCCGUCCUGAUGGGCGGCGACCUGGGAUACCGACCGAACCCGUUACGCCAAGGCAGCGUAUUCUGGUUCGCGGUGCGGCUCGACAAGACGACAACGACGACGGGGGAGCAGCCCGACGACGCGGACAAGACGCCGUCGUCGCACUUGUCCACGGGGGAGGCGGCGCUGGGCAGCGACGAUGCGGCCGCCGCGCUGGCGAGGUGGAAAAAAGCAGGGAGCACGAUGCGCAUCCUGGUGGUGGAGGACAACAUCAUCAACCAAAAGGUGCUGGUGGGCACGCUGCACUCCUUUGGGCUCAGCAACAUUGCCGUCGCCUCCGACGGCGCCCAGGCGGCGGCCAUGGUGAACCAGGCACAGGGCGAGUUUGCCAUGGUGCUCAUGGACGUUAGCAUGCCCGUCAUGGACGGGUUCGAGGCCACCGCGAGCAUCAGGCGGCUCGGCAGCAGCGUGCCCAUUGUGGCCAUGACGGCCAACGCCCUCCACGGGUAUAGGGAGAAGUGUAUCCGGUGCGGGAUGGACGACUACGUCCCCAAGCCGGUGGGCAGGAAUGUGCUGCUGCAGAAGCUGCUGCUGUGGCUGGACCCGAAGAAGCGGCCGCAGCCUGUCCGGCCGGCCGUGGAGAUGGACUUGCUUGAGACGCCGCCCGUGACGCCCUCGGAGACGUCUGAGAUUGGCAGCGGCGGGUGA